UAAAGGACCGGGCGGGGCUGCCAGAUCGCGUGGGUUCGCAGGUCAGGUCAAAGGGUCGAAGGUGCAGCGCGUGAUCCAGGAUCCUAGCAGGCCCGGAGCAGGAGCAUGGCGUCGUCGGGGUCGGUGCAGCAGCCGCGGCUGGUGCUGCUGAUGCUGUUGCUGGCGAGCGCGGCGCGGGCCAGCCUCUACUUCCGUCCGGGCCGGACCUGCUACCGGCCCCUUCGCGGGGACCAGCUUGCUCAGCUGGGGCGCAGGACUUACCCUCGGCCCCACGAGUACCUGUCCCCAUCGGAUCUCCCCAAGAGCUGGGAUUGGAGAAAUGUGAAUGGUGUCAACUAUGUCAGCGUCACAAGGAACCAGCACAUCCCACAGUACUGUGGCUCCUGCUGGGCUCACGGUAGCACCAGUGCUAUGGCAGACCGCAUCAACAUCAAGAGGAAAGGCGCGUGGCCCUCUACCCUGCUUUCAGUACAGAACGUCAUCGACUGUGGCAACGCUGGUUCCUGUGAGGGAGGCAAUGACCUUCCGGUGUGGGCGUACGCCCAUAAGCAUGGCAUCCCUGAUGAGACCUGCAACAACUACCAGGCCAAGGACCAAGACUGUGACAAGUUUAACCAGUGUGGGACCUGCACCGAAUUCAAUGAGUGUCACACCAUCCAGAAUUACACCCUCUGGAGGGUGGGUGACUACGGCUCCCUGUCGGGUAGGGAGAAGAUGAUGGCAGAGAUAUACGCCAAUGGUCCCAUCAGCUGCGGGAUAAUGGUGACGGAGAAGAUGGAGAACUACACUGGAGGGAUCUAUGCCGAGCACCAGGACGAGACCUUUAUCAACCACAUCAUCUCUGUGGCCGGCUGGGGUGUCAGCAGCAAUGGGAUUGAGUACUGGAUUGUCCGUAAUUCGUGGGGCGAACCCUGGGGUGAGAGGGGCUGGAUGAGGAUCGUGACCAGCACCUACAAAGGAGGGGUAGGCGCCAGCUACAACCUCGCCAUCGAGAAGGCCUGCACGUAUGGGGACCCCAUUGUUUAAGUAGAUGUCUCUGGAAGCAGUGUUCAGAGCAUGCCAGGGGUGGGGCGACUAUCCACACCAGACAGUGGACAGCUAGGACCAGAGUGUGGACCACAGAAGCCGUCCCAAGAGGGGAUGGUGGGGAGGGAGCGCGUCACUGUGGCCCUCAGGGCCCGAGCCUGCCUUCGGCCCCCUGCAGAGACAGCUGUGGUCUACAACCUGGGAUCUAUGGGAGACGGUAACACUUCCAGGUGGCCUAAGUGAUGAAUAAAGUAUCUGGCUUCCCCCAAA